UAGGCCGGCCGUUCGUGGGCCGGGCUAAAUUUGAUGGGUUCCAGCCCAGGAGGACGGGGCCCCAAGUCUCUCGCUCGGUCACGUCACCUCCUCCCCUGCUUCGACGGCCACCCGGCCCGCCCCCGCCAGCCAUGGACGCGCUCACCCGCCUCCACCGCUCCCUUGUCGGCGGCGGCGGCGACGAGGAGGAGGACCUGCCGGAGGAAUCCAUCCUGGGGGACACCGAGGACCUCUGCUCCCUCUCCCAGCUCCAGAGGGUCUACGCGUUCGCGGCGUGCUUGGCGGCUGGACUCGCCCUGAUGAUCCUGUCUUUUAUUGUAUUCGCUAGACCUAUCAAAUUCGCAGUCAUGUUUACGUUUGGAAACAUGUUGGCAGUUGGGAGCACAGCCUUUGUUAUGGGGCCACAGAAACAGCUAAGGAUGAUGUUUGAUCCAGUUCGUUUGUAUGCAACAGCUAUUUAUGUUGGAUGUGUUGUUUUGGCUCUAAUCUUUGCUCUUUGGAUUCAUGACAAGCUGCUAACGCUGAUUGCGAUCAUAUGUGAGAUCUGUGCCCUGUUUUGGUACAGUUUGAGCUACAUACCUUUCGCGCGAAGGAUGGUUUCUGACCUGAUGGUGAAGUUCUGUGACACUGAACUUUGAGUUUCGGUGGGCUAGGCAGCGCAGCAUUCAUCGUUGCCUGGAAUUAGGGAUGGCCGUGGACCCCUUUACCCAUUGCCUCUGGGUCUAGUUUUGCCUGAUACGAAACAAGCUAUCUACUUUUUUAUAUAAAUGCAUGUCAUUGUUGCAAUUAUGUGUAAUUUGACUGCACCUUUAAAUCAGAGUAUCAGGUAUCUGGGCUUUGUACUGCCGCAGAACAAUUUGAUUGCGAGCUGUGACUGUAACAUGCAUUCUGAAGUAACCAGGUGUUUGUUGGGCUA